GGGGAUGUAUGUUUAUGUUUGGCGCCUUGGAAAAGCGGCACUUCAGCGAUGCGAUACUCAAUUGACAAAAGGAUCAGCAUAUUGUCUUCGUGAAGGUGUAAUCGUUCCCAAUACUAUUGCGCUUCAUUGUAAUGCAUUUUCUAAAAAAAGAAUUUAAUAUCAAAAAUAUAAUUGUGAUAUACUUUCGUUUUAGCAUCAGCACUUGCAAAGACUGGAGUCAUGAGUGAGUUUCGAAUUCACCAUGAUGUGAACGAAUUGCUCAGUUUGCUUCAGGUUCGUGGAGGAGAAGGAGCUGAAGUGUAUAUAGAUUUAUUACAGAAAAACAAAACACCAUAUAUUACAACAACAGUUUCUGCCCACAGUGCGAAGGUAAAAAUUGCAGAAUUUUCCAAAACACCUGAAGACUUUCUCAAGAAAUAUGAAGAACUGAAAUCAAGGAAUGUACGACAUUUAGAUCCACUAGUUUAUCUGCUCUCCAAAUUAACUGAGGAUAAAGAGACUUUACAAUAUAUGCAACAAAAUGCCAAGGAAAGAGCAGAGAUUUCAGCAAGUGCUACUUCCAGCAGCACCACAAAUUUUACCAUACCUCCAACAAACACCAAGAUGUCAAUCCAAGAACUGGAGGAGCUAAGGAAGAAGCUAGGCAACGUUGCAGCAAGUUCAAAUAUUCAACAGCCCCUGGAAGUAACAAGAAAGAUGCUUAGAGACAAGCACAAUAAGAAAAAUCCAGCACAACCCAUUCCUGUUUUUCCAAACUGGGUUUAUGAAAGACCUGCACUUAUAGGGGACUUCCUCAUUGGCUCAAGUGGAACCACAGAUACAACUGUAGCUAUUGGAUCACUUCCAUUAUCCUGCCAGGAGCAAGCAUUGGUAGAAGAUCUUUUGUACCUCCUGAUUGGUGUGGAUGGUCGCUAUGUUACAGCACAACCAGUUCUAGGAAGACAGAAUCGGUCUUUUAUUGUAGAUCCUACCUUAGAUAUGUCUAUCAAAGAACUUGUGAAUAGAAUUUUACCAGUGGCUGCAAGCUACUCAACAAUUACACAGUUUAUUGAAGAGAAAUCUUCUUUUGAGUAUGGUCAAGUAAAUCACGCAUUGGCCGCAGCAAUGAGAGCUCUAAUGAAAGAAUAUAUGAUCUUGGUGACUCAGUUAGAGCAUCUUCAAAGGCAAGGAAUGUUGUCCCUUCAGAAACUUUGGUUUUAUAUCCAGCCAACUAUGAGAACAAUGGAAAUCCUAGCUUCAAUAGCUACCUCAGUAGAUAAAGGAGACUGCAUGGGUGGAUCUACACUGAGCCUCUUACAUGACCGUACCUUCAACUACACAGGUGACAGUCAGGCUCAAGAACUUUGUCUUUACCUCACCAAAGCAGCAAGUGUUCCUUAUUUUGAAAUUCUGGAGAAAUGGAUCUACAGAGGUAUAAUCAAAGACCCUUAUAGUGAAUUUAUGGUAGAAGAACAUGAGCUUCAGAAAGAAAAAAUACAGGAAGACUACAAUGACAAAUAUUGGGAUCAACGGUACACUAUUGUGCAGCUGCGGAUCCCAGCAUUUCUACAGAAAAUGGCAGACAAAAUACUAAGUACAGGUAAAUACCUUAAUGUAGUACGUGAAUGUGGGUGUGAUGUUACCUGCCCAGAUGCUAAAGAAGUGCUCUAUACCCUGAAAGAACGUGCCUAUGUUGAACAGAUCGAAAAAGCUUACAACUAUGCCAGCAAAGUUCUACUGGAUUUCCUAAUGGAAGAGAAGGAGUUGGUGACACGUUUAAGAUCAAUAAAACAUUAUUUUCUUAUGGACCAAGGGGAUUUCUUUGUUCAUUUUAUGGACCUAACAGAAGAUGAGCUAAAAAAGCCAGUUGAUGACAUAAUUCCUACCAGAUUGGAGGCUUUGCUGGAACUUGCCUUAAGAAUGAGUACUGCUAAUACUGAUCCUUUUAAAGAUGACUUGAAGAUUGAUCUUAUGCCUCACGAUGUUAUUACCCAAUUACUGCGUGUGCUGGCAAUAGAAACAAAACAGGAAAAGGCAAUCAUCAAUGCAGACCCAACUGAAUUAACUCUUAGUGGACUAGAAGCAUUUUCCUUUGAUUAUAUUGUAAAAUGGCCUCUUUCUUUAAUUAUUAACAGGAAAGCUUUGACCAGAUAUCAGAUGCUGUUCAGGCACAUGUUCUAUUGCAAACAUGUAGAAAGACUACUUUGCAAUGUGUGGAUCAGCAACAAAACUGCAAAGCAGUAUUCACUGCACUCUGCUAAAUGGUUUGCUGCUGCUUUUACCCUAAGACAGCGAAUGUUAAAUUUUGUGCAAAAUAUCCAGUACUAUAUGAUGUUUGAAGUUGUGGAGCCAACUUGGCACAUUAUGGAGAACAAUUUAAAAACAGCAUCAAACAUUGAUGAUGUCCUGUGCCACCACACAAGUUUCUUAGACAACUGUCUGAAGGACUGCAUGUUAACCAACCCAGAACUGUUAAAGAUCUUCUCUAAGCUGAUGUCUGUGUGCGUCACAUUUACCAACUGUAUGCAGCGGUUCACUCAGAGUAUGAAACUAGACAGUGAAAUGAGUCGCCUUACAUUGGAACAUGGUACAAUGAGUGGCCCUCCAACUCAGGAGGAACGAAGAGAAGAGACAGAAAAGAAAAGACUUACUUCAAAGUAUUUGGCUGAACAUGUAGAUGCACUCCAGUCAUCUUGUGGCUUUGAAUCUACCAUUAACAAGUUUGACACUAAUUUUUCAACACAUCUUCUGGAUCUUUUGGACAAACUUAGUAUUUAUAGUACUAAUGACUGUGAACACAGCAUGAUUAAUAUCAUCUAUAGGCUUGACUUCAAUGGAUUCUACACAGAACGCCUGGAGCGAAUGUCUGCUGAAAGGAACCAAAAACCAGCUGCUUCAGAUGUGUCGCUGAAGACAUCUGCAUCAACCUAGCAAAGGAUUCCACAUGCUAAAUCUUUUUAUAGUAUAUUCAUCAAAAAACCAAAUGCAUUAUAUAAAUAUGUUCCCUUUGCAAUGGCACGAACUGACAGAAUCAAAAGAAACACACCACUAUAGCUUUUGUGUUAGGGGACAUCACCAUUUAAAAUCCAGUCUGUUGUAGAAAAGCAUGUGUAAAAAAAAAAAAAAAAAAUUAUAUUCUCUGCACAGUGGCUUCCAUUUUAAUGUAAUCUACAGAUCUUUACCAUUUUAAUUAUAAAACAGUUUAGUAAUUUCUCAUUUGUGAAAAUAUUUUAUUCUAGAUAUUAUUAAAAAUGUUAUUCAGAGUUAUUUCUACAAUAAAACAAACAAUUGACUUAAAAGUUAUUUACAAAAGCAGUAAAGAAUUGUUUCUUUUUUAUGCUGGUGUGUGGCAUUAAUAAUUUUAUUAACUGAAAUUUAAGUGUAUUAUGAGCAUGCUGCUAUAGAGAUCUGUGAUACUUUAUUUUUGUUGUAUAAAGAGUUGGAAAAGUAUUAAUUUUAUUAUUACUAUUAAAAUGUAUAAACUAGAAUGUAUUUUUUAAAUAAAGUAAUAUACUUAAGCUGUAUACACUAUAAACAUAUUAAAAAUGCAGUUCAUUAAAUAGGCAAAUUCUUCACCUGACACAUCAGAUUGUUGCUGAAAUACUGUAUGAAUGUGCCAUCUUCCAUGAAUUUCAAUAGAUCUUUUAAGAAUAAGUGAAUGUUUUGAACUACAAGAAUUUCCAAUACAUCAAAUGUAACUAUGAACCAGAUUAUAAGAUUUUUGUGCAUAUCUUAUCAAUUCCUUAUACUAUUAAAGUCACUCUGCUGUCUUACUGUGUGAUCCUAAGAAACAUGUAAAGUAUACUCGGUGCUUUCAGAAUUCCUGUCAAAAAUGUGUUUCUCUGCAAGAUUAAUCGUGCUUUUUAAGUUAUUUGGGUAUAAAAUAUACCCGAAUAAGCAAACCCAUGCAUAAUAAACUUCCAGUUUAUACACAGAA